AUGGGCGGUGCAUUGGUGUUCUGGAUUGGGCUUCUCGUGGUCGGGCUGUGCGUGCUGUCGAUGUUUGUGUUCAACGGCAAGAAUGACCCGACGCUGUGGCGGACGUGCACGAUUCUGACGCUAUCGUCGUGCUACCUCAUGUGGGGAAUCACGUACCUGGCGCAGCUGCACCCGAUCAUUGUGCCGAAGCGGGACGACCUGCGA